CCCCCAUCCUAAAGGCCUGUUCUGCGUGCCCGUCAAUGGGUCCCGCCGGUCGAAUAUCAGCAUAUUCCUCCCUCCCGCCGUCGUAUCCUCCGCCGAUCGACCGCCGUCGACGGCGUGUUAUGGCGGAACAUCCAGUACCUGCUCAACAUCUCCGCCAUCGGCGCCAUCUCCUGCCUUCUCGUCUUCCUCCUCGUCAAGCUCCCGCAGCGACCACCGCCUUAUCCCGGGGCCCACCGCCCUUGCCACCAAGCUCCUCGCAGUCUACCACGCUCACAUCGCCCUCCACUGCGGCGCUGACGCCGCCCAAUUCCUCCACAUCGAGCGCUCCAGCUUCUUCGUCCUCCUCGCCCUCUCUCUUCUUGCUUUAACUGCUGCUCUGCCCCUCAAUCUCUACGCAGGCACCGCCGCGAUCCUCGACGACUUCGCCAAAACCACGAUAACACACAUUCCGAAGGGAUCGCCCAUCCUCUGGGCCCACUUCGUUCUCAUGGUGCUCGUGGUGGUGGUCGCUCAUUUUGGUAUCUCGAAGAUGGAAGAGAUGUUAAGGCAUAAGAGAUUUGAGGAGGGGGAUGCGGCAAAUGCUUCGACUUCCAGCACGGCUUCGCCGACCAAUUCGAUUGCUUUGUUUAGCAUUAUGGUGCAGGGGAUCCCGAAGGGUUUGGCGGCUGAUAAGGCUCCUCUUGAGGAGUAUUUUCAGCAUAGGUAUCCUGGUAAAGUUUAUAGAGUGGUUGUUCCUUUUGAUUUGUGUACUUUGGAAGAUCUUGCUGCGAAGUGGACCAAGACCCAGAAUGAGAUUUCUUGGUUGGAAGCUCGAUUGGAUGCUAGGUCUCUGAACACUAAUGAAGAUGGAGGUGAUGACGAGAUCGUGCUUGGUGCAAGUGGCGAUAAUUUUUCUCAAACUUGGAAGAGAAGGUUGAGAGAUAUGUGGGCGAGACUGCGUGCGAAAUUGGGGUUUACUGAUGAGGAGAGGCUAAGGAAGUUGCAGAAUUUGAGAAUGGAAUUGGAGAAUAAGUUGAUGGAGUAUAAAGAAGGGCGAGCACCGGGAGCUGGGAUUGCUUUUGUGGUGUUUAAAGAUGUUUACACGACGAACAAGGCGGUAAAAGAUUUCAGGACAGAGAAGAAGAAGAAACCCAUUGGUCAGUUCUUUCCUUUGAUGGAGCUCCAGCUUGAGAGGAGCCGGUGGAGGGUGGAGCGGGCUCCACCAGCUUCUGAUAUCUAUUGGAGCCAUUUGGGUUUGAGCAAGCUCUCCCUUAGGCUCCGUCGAGUUGCUGUUAACACUUGCCUUUUACUUCUGCUCUUGUUCUGUAGCUCGCCACUUGCUUUGAUUAGUGCUAUGAAGAGUGCUGCUAGGAUCAUCAAUGCAGAGGCCAUGGACAGUGCUCAGUCAUGGCUAGAUUGGUUCGAGGGCUCGAGCUGGCUCGCAUCUAUAAUUCUUCAGUUCUUGCCGAAUGUGGUUUUAUUCGUGAGCAUGUACAUAAUAAUCCCAUCUGUCCUGUCUUAUUUUUCCAAGUUUGAGAGGCAUCUAACUGUUUCUGGAGAGCAACGAGCUGCUAUGCUGAAGAUGGUUUGCUUCUUUCUCGUGAAUCUCAUUUUGUUGCGAGCUCUUGUAGAGUCUUCACUGGAAAGUGCUAUUCUUGGGAUGAAGAGGUGUUACUUGGAUGGAGAGGACUGCAAAAGAAUCGAACAGUAUAUGAGUGCGUCGUUUCUUUCGAGAUCUUGUCUCUCCUCACUUGCAUUUCUCAUAACAAGUUCCUUUUUAGGGAUAUCCUUUGAUCUAUUGGCUCCUAUUCCUUGGAUAAAGAAGACCCUAAAAAAGUUUCGGAAAAAUGACAUGCUACAGUUGGUUCCUGAGCAGAAUGAAAAUUACAUUCCGGAGCAGAGUCAGGAUUCUAAUAAUAAUCUUCGGAUGCCCCUGAUGUCUGAGAGAGAAGACAGUUCGGGUUUGAAUGGUAUUGAAGCUCAGGAUCUUUCAGUUUACCCGAUCAAUAGGAGCUUCCAUGCCCCAAAGCAGACGUUUGAUUUCGCACAAUACUAUGCUUUUAACCUCACGAUAUUCGCUCUCACCAUGAUCUAUUCGUUAUUCGCUCCAUUGGUGGUUCCUGUGGGCGCCGUUUACUUUGGGUAUCGUUACAUUGUGGAUAAGUACAAUUUCUUAUUUGUGUACAGAGUUCGCGGCUUCCCAUCUGGCAAUGACGGGAAGUUGAUGGACAGGGUUCUCUGCAUCAUGCAUUUCUGUGUGGUCUUGUUUCUUCUUGCAAUGUUGCUGUUCUUUUCGGUUCAAGGAGACUCGACAAAGCUGCAGGCAAUAUUUACACUUGGUUUGUUGUUCUGUUAUAAAGUGCUUCCUUCCAAGACUGAUGUCAUUCAGCCAUCGAUCUUGGAAGGCAUGCAAACUGUGGAAAGCUUUGUUGAUGGGCCUACUGAUUAUGAGAUCUUUUCACAACCUGAGUUUGAUUGGGAUAUUUUUCAACAAUGAGGAAAUGGAAAUGUGAACCAUAUUCAGAUAAGCGUACUAGUGUCAAACUAAAUGCCAGUUAUGAUAGAUAAGUAUGCUUGGUUUCAUAGAAAAUGCACUCUUUUGUAAGAAGGUGACUGCUCAUAAUUUAUUUGGUGUACAAUAUCAUUUUUUUUCUUCUUUGGCAUUUUUUUUUGUUCUUUGUUUAAUGCUCUGGUAUUCAGUGUAGUUCUUCUAAAGUCAAGACUUUAAGCGCAAAAAAUAGUUUUAAUGUUGACAUGUUGUUGCCCAUUCGUCACACAAUGUUGUAUAUUCAUAAUAUUCAAGAAUGUCUUAUCAUCCACUUA